AUGUCUUUGCAAUCGAAAAAUGACGAUGACAAUCUUGAUAGUCUAAUUCCCUUAGUUGAAACUCCUGAAUUAAUAGUGCAUUCUAUAGAAACUCAUGGAGUUCAUAGUAAUGAUACCUUGAAGGAAUUAAACAGCAUAUUUCAAGAUCAAACUACAAAACUCACUAAUUUAAUCCACAAUUCAGUAAAAAUAGUUGGCUUAGAAAUAGAUUUUAAUGUGCUUAAAUCACAACAUUCACUUGAAACAGCUGAAUAUGAAGACACAAUUAUGCACUUGAAUAAUAAAUUGAAGGAAAAAUCUGCCUUGGAAUAUCAAAAGACUAGUGAGGCUACAACUCUCAAACAUGAACUAGCUAAAAUUAAAGAAGACUACAAAAAAAUAAAAAGAGAUUACAGUUACAAUUCGAAGGCCAAGGAUGAAAAGUUGAAGGCAUUUCAGUUGAUAGAUAAAAAUUUUAAAACGAGAGUUAGUGAGGAAAAGAAUCUAUUGCAAAACAAAAAUGAUAGCUCUGAAAAAACUUUAAAAAGAUUAAACAGCGAACUCGAAAUUAAGAAAAAAGAAAUUGAUAAUGAUCGACAUCUCAUCAAAUCACUUGAAGAAAAAAAUAAACAACCCUGCAAAAAGUGUCGCGAUUAUUCAGAACUUUUAAAUAAUUACGAACUUUUAAAAGAAAAUUUAUCUUCCCUCAUUGAUGCUAAGAAGAUAAUUUCGGAUAAAAACACAUUGGGCUCCUUAAAUAACGAUCCACAAGAAAAGGUCGGGCAUUUUUACCAAACCUUGAAAUCGCUCCAAAAUGAAAACGAUGAACUGAAACGAACUAACAAGAUUUUAAACGAGCUCAGCGACAAAAACUACCUAAUAGUGAACGAAAACGAAAACCUGAGGCAUCAAAUGAUAUCCUAUCAGGACAUGUGCCUAUCAAAAUACCCCGCUCUUCAAAAUUCCCUCGAAAAUUCUCAAAAAGAGGUCCGGGAAUGGAGAAAAUUAGCUAGCGAAUUCCAGCUCGAGGUUUGCGAGACCGGAUAUGGGAAAAAGUGCGAUGAUAAUGAGCAAAUGGAAGAGGAUUCAUUAUUCAAGCAUUCGAAUUUGAAAGACAAGAGGGAAGGAGAAAAAUGUAAAAAGGAGGAAAAAAUUGUAACUCCGCCAGAUUUUUCCUUUUCUAUGAGCGCCUUGCUAAACAAGGAAAGACUGACUGCCGCCGAAAAUUCUAGACUAAAAGACAAGUUACAGAUCCUGACCGAAAAAUUAGAAAACACAACCUCCCAAUUGUUAUCCGAUCAAUUGGAAGCACACGCCGUUAACAUUAGUUUAAAAAGUGCCAUAGCCAACCUAAAAUCUUUCCGUGAAAAUUUGACCAAAAUUAAACCGAAAAGUGACAAACUUAAGCACUAUCUCGAAUUUUGCUCGAUCAUACCCAAGGGACAUUCGGAAUACCAAAAUUUUAAGGCCACUUUCCUAAUACUCGACAGCCUACUUUCUUAUCCGAUAUCUAAAGAAGAAAAAGAAAACGUAACGACUAAUCCAAUUAAUUGAUUGUAACAAAGAAGAAAAAAACCAACCUUUAUCACUACCCCCCCCCCUCCCCUCUACUUCUUUUAGAGAUACAAGAAGACAUUCGAUGAAUCGUUUUUUAGAUGAUAUCACCCUAUCACGAUUUUCAUACGAUAAUAUAUUUUAAACAAAAGUGAAUGGUUUUAUAUACCUUGUUUUUUUGUUAAUGAAAAUAAAUCGAUGAUAUUGUUAACGAAUUCUGUUUGU